AUGAAAUUCCAUUUUGCAUUCUUUGCGUUCGUGUUUUCUUCUAUCUUAAAUGUACAAUCAUAUGCGACCCUACGAGAAGAUUCCAUUUUUGAUGGAUGCGCAAGAAUUCAUAAUAAAUUUGUUACAAAAAAGUCAAAUAAUUUUAGUUAUGAAGAUGUUAAAGAUUGUUACGAAAGAAUUCCGUUCGAUAGCCUAAUUGCUUCUAAGACCAUCGAAUCAUUAACCAGAUUACUCGAUGGGUUUUAUCCACUUUUGAAUAAAGCAAAAGAACCACCACAAUCCGGAUUUAGCUUUAAGUCAAGGGAUAUAUUGACUGAAUUGAACCUUUUGAAGGAAAAAUCUUUUCAAAAUUUAUACGACUUUAUAAUUAAUGUUAAACAUUUCUUUUAUGAUAUGAAAGAACCGCAUACAUUAUUUAUAUCAGAUUGUUUUUCUACAUUUGCUUUUUUUACAAACAUUACGUUAUAUUCAGUUGUUAAAGACGAUGGUGAGCAGAUAAUAAAAGUCUUUGAUGAUACUAUUGAUUCAUCUAAUAUCGAUUGCGAAGUAACUCAUAUAAAUGGUCGUCAAGCAUUUGAAGUGAUUUUUGAAUUUGCCCAAGAUUCAGUUUAUACAUCAAGAGAUAUUGGCGUACGAUUUAAUACAGCCCUUGAUCAUAAUCAUUCAGGAUAUUCUUUUUCUGUACGAGCUGAAUUACCAGAGACGCCAAGUAUUGUUUAUACACUUAAAUGUUGUAAACAUACUAGGAGCUUUAAUGUUACAAGAAAUUGGGUUGCAUUUAGUAAUCCUAAACUUUUAGAAAGAUUCAAUAAUUCAAGAACUUAUUUUACAAAUAUUUGUAAUGCUACAAAAGAAAAUAAACAUAUGUCUUAUAGUAACGGGAUUCGAGAUACUAGAAUAUCAUCCAAUAAUAUUCAUCGUAUAAUGACAAAACAAGCUGAAGGAUUAACUAUUAUAAAAAUUAUUGAUGAUUUUAUGGAAUUUUAUAAAAUAAAAGACUUUGGAGUUGUACGAAUCCUUACAGUACACUAUCCUAAAAUGUAUGAUGAAAAUGAUAAAUUUAAUUCCGCAUUUUUCGCAAAUAUAAUUCAAGGAUUUAAAGAUUUAAGAAAUACAGGUGUUAAAAAGGCAAACAAUCUAGGUGGAUAUGUUUUAAUUAGUGCUUUUAUUAGUUUACUUUUAUUCCCUGACACCUAUCCUUCUUUUGAAUUUGAUUUUCGAAUUACUGAGCCAAUGAAACUCGCAAUCACUGAACAAUUUAGACUUGCAACACCAGGAAAUGUUUUUGAUAUGUCUGAUUAUGCUGAUGCAAUAACUCAUAUUAAUUUUACAAGUGCAAAUGAUAUUUUUGGAAACAAUAGUUUUACCCGUGGCAAUAUUACAGAACAUUAUUCAAAAAAAUCUAGAUUUAAAUGA